CGAUCCGAUUUUGCCCCGAUCUUCGCGUCGUUGUACCCUUUGGCUCCCCCCGCAGCUCGGCGCGGGGGCGAGCUGCCGGCGCCGCGCCCUUCCUGCAGGGGAGCGAGGCCGCGGCCCGCGGGCGGAGCGCCGAGAAACAGCCGAUGGCGGCGUGGCUCGACGCGUCGACGCCGCAGCGGCCGCGCCUCGUCGCGAGCGUCUCGGUCGACGAGCUGCGCUCGCUCCUCCGCGCGGACGUCCGGCAGGUGAUCAGGGCCGAGCUGCACGCCGCCGGGGCCACCGGGUGCGCCUCGCCGCACGGCUCGCCGAGGGGGCCGCGCGCGGCACCGCGCGGGCCGAGCGCCGAGCGCGGGGGCGGGGCCGCGGCGCCGAGCCUCGCGGGUGUGCAUCUCGGGCGGCGCGGCGGAGUUGGGGAGAAUACAGUCCGAGCGAUACCCGCUCCUGAAGGAGCCGGCCUCCCGCGAGUUUCGCGGAUACUCCCAGAUGGGCAAUCGGUGGGCAAGCUGCUUCCACACGCUGGAGGACUUCUGGAUGCUGGAAGAGCCACCUCGGCAGGGUGCCUUCGCACAGUGCGUCGCCAGCAACCGUUUCCAUGCGUUGUUCGCCCUUGCGGUUGCGGCCAAUGCAGGGGCAAUGAUCUACUUCACUAACGAGGACAUCGACAAUUCCAAAAAUGGUAUCAUGAUCAAUGAACGCCGAGAAGAGUGGAGGGCCAUUGCGGACGCGUUUUUUCUGGUUGUGUUCAGUAUCGAGGCUGCGUGCAAGCUGGCCGUUCACCGCUGGUUCUAUUUCUGGAAUCAGGACGCGGCGUGGAAUUGGCUGGACGCUCUUCUCAUCCUGCAGGGCGCGCUCCAGCUCAUCGUGCACAGCCUACGUCUCGACACAAUUCACGGUGUCAGCCAGUCGGCAGCCUGUGUCCGGAUGUUCCGCCUCUUGAAGGCGGCCAGGAUCUUGCGCGUCAUGCGUGUCAUCAAAGUCUUCACAGAGCUUCGCUUGAUCUUUAACAUGAUCCUCGGGUCCAUCAUGUACCUGUUCUGGAGUUUCGUUUUGUUCGCGACAGUGUUCUUGACCUUCUCCAUGUACUUCACGUCGAGUGUGGCAGAUCACUUGCACUACUUGCAGGUGAUCGGUAGCACAGACAUCGGAGACGUUCAAAACAAGCAUGUGGCAGCCCUCCAUGAGUAUUUCGGCUCGAUUGGCAUUUCUAUGAGAUCGCUGUUCAUGGCCGCGUUCGGUGGCUCGGAUUGGGGGGAUGUUUAUUUUGCUCUGAACGCCAUGGGCGGGUUGGUGUCUGACGUCUUCCUGUUUUUCAUUGCGUUUUUGCAGCUGUCGCUGCUUAAUAUCGUAACAAGUUGCUUCGUCGACAGGGCGAUGAAGAUUUCGCAGCCAGGUGCUCUCCAGUUGGCCGAGGAACGGAUCCACCAGGAGCGGGAGCACGCGAAGGAGCUAGAGAACUUGCUCUCGCUAGCAGACGAGGACCAGAACGGCUUUGCUGAGAGGGAAGCGCUUGAAAGUUUGAUGAAAGAUGGUAAGAUCAUCCAUUUCUUGAGGCGCGGUGUCGGAUCUGAAUAUCGACCCAAUGUGGUCGAAGGAGCACUUGCGACAGAUUUUCGAUGAGGCUGCCGAGAGGACGCCGGGCCGCAGUGAGAACGAAGUUUCCAUAGCGGCGAUCGUAGAGAAGAUCAUGGCAGUUCGCGGCUUCGCCAAACGUACAGAGAUCAAGGACCUGGUCUCCAUGGUGCGCCAGGUACAGAGCCACCAGCAAAAGAUUAUGAGUAAGCUUGACAAGGUGGGUGGCGAAUGCGACUGACGGGGAGGUUCGUAGGACGCCUGGCUGAAAGGCCGGUCCCACGGAUUCUUCCACGGGGCCCGCUGGCUGGCGAAGGCCACGUUCCACAGGAGAGGUAUGAACGGAAUAAUUCACCAUCUGAUGAAACGCAUCGGCUGCCAAAGUGACCAUGCAGCCAGUGUCGAUUCAGCGAAUUCCAAGGUGAAUGCUUGAAUUGCAUGAUUUUUUAUUUGCCCGUAUCCAAAGGAUGGGGCUCUUGUUCCCAAUACCCAAUGGAUGGGGUUCUCGUUAAUCCCCAUAUCAUGAAGAAUGUUUCAACUUAUGGAAAGUAGGGGCCUCGUUCCUUAUUUAAGGUUCCUUAGGUCAAGGCCCCGACUGUAUUGCCGAAUUUUGGGGGUCAAGGGUUUUCGGAACCCGCCCUCUGUUUCCGUUCGCGCGGCUACGCCAAAGUCGCCUGCUGGGGGCGUGCGCGCUGGCACCGUGCGGGGAUAUCGUGUUUCCCUGUGUUGUGUAUAUGGAUAGUGCAUGUAACCGGGUUCCCGGGCUCCUCCAGGAGGGGCCUCCUUUCGGAACGAGAGAGGGGCGUCGUUGGCAGUGGAACUGUCAAGCCUUUUUCAACGAGCGCCCCGAAUGGAAGCCAAAGCAGCAGCCCGUUCUUGCGCCAGCGGGCGGCCGUUGAUGUAUUCGGCACGCAGCCGCGUACAUUGUUACGAUAGUUGUGAUUCGCCUUGAGGGUGCACGUUCGUAAAAAGGGGAGCGGC